AUGAAGUCCGUUUCUAUUCUUCUUUUUCUAUUAUGUUUUCUAAUCGAACAAUAUCAGACAACAGACUUAUGUCCAUCAGCCCAAUUUCGUUGCAUGGACGAAAAUCGAAUAAAUUGUAACAAUUCACAGCUUGCUCCAAGUGAUUUUCAGUGUUGUAAUGGCUUAAGAUGUGUUUCAGCAUUUAUUCCCAAAACAGAUACACAAGAUGCAUACAAUACAACAAUGUGUGUUUCGUCUUCAUCGAAACGGCAUCGAACAAGAGUACAUGUUCCACCGGCAAAAACACCGCCUAUUAUGGCAACAUCCUGGUCAGCGGCAACGACAUACUAUAAUAUGUCCAAUGGUGAUACCGGUUGGGGUUAUUUUUGGUACGAUGCAACUCACCAAGCUAUUCGUACGGAUUUCUAUCCAACGUGUCCGUUUUUACAAAUGUAUGAAGCUGGUGUCGAUGCGAACUAUAUACCAUGUAGUGUGCUUUUUUAUGAAGGACAGAAUUAUUAUGUUUAUCCGACGACAAAAAUCUGUUGUAAUUAUUCAUUUCCAGCUUGGCAACCGACUUGGAUGUGUCAAAGUAAUGCAACGUAUAAUGGUUCAGUCCUGAUCGAUGGACAAAUGGCAGACUUUUGGACAAUUGAAUGGUUUUCGAAUUUCACCGGCGAAGGAUCAGUACGGAAUAUUCGUAAUAUGUAUACUCGAGCUGAUUCGAAUGUUCCCAUCCGUUUUCGCGAAGAUCUCGAUACAGGUUAUCUAGAUUUUCACGAUUACGUUGAAGGUCCGAUUGACCAAAGCAUUUUCACAUCGAUCAUCAACGCUUAUCAACCAUGCCAUUACGGCCAUGGUCACGAUGGAAAUACCGACAAGACAUGCACUCGAUAUAACUCUCAAACGUUACGCCGUUCAUGGCCGUGUGAUAAUCCGACAUGUUCGUAG